AUGGAGAACCUUGGAAGAACCACAAGUGGUGAUGACGUGAUUGCACGGUCUGGGACACUACUCGGGCAUGAUCUUCUACAGCAUGGAGGCUUAGAGCAGCAGCACACGCAAAGACUUGGUUCCAUGGAGACUCCUGGAGAAACGGCAAGUGGUGAUGACGUGAUAGCACGGUCUGGGACACUCUUUGCACUUGAUCUUCUCGACUGUCCCAUUUGCUUCAAUCCACUGGCGACUCCUAUCUUCCAGUGUGUAAAUGGACACAUAGCUUGUUGUACAUGUUGUGCUAAGCUGAUGAACAAAUGCCCUUCUUGCACACUGCCCCUGGGCAACUACCGAUGUCUAAUACUGGAGAAAGUUGUCGAGGCAGUCAUUGUCCCAUGCGGAAACGCCAAGCAUGGCUGCCUGGAGAAGUUAUCUUAUUGCAAAAAGUUAGCCCAUGAGAAGGUUUGUGACUCUUACGUGCUCCAUUGUCCUGCACCAGAGUGCAACUACUCUGCUUUCCAUUUGGAUCUCUACCGUCAUUACACUUCUUGCCACAAGGCUAGUUCCUCAAGGUUCAGGUGUGGCCAGUACGAUGACGCAUUGAUAAACAUCAGGGAGCAGGUUUUAGUCCUUCAGGAAUAUGAUGACCUUCCAUUGUUUAUUCUUCAGAGCUUCAUGGGGGCACAUGGAGUGCAUGUGGCUGUCAACGUAUUGGCACCUUCCGCUCAAGGUCUUUGGGAAUUGGGGUAUGAUCUCAUCUACCAGAGGGGGAAUGAAAGGUUUACACAUGAAUCCGAGGAGAUGACUAGGAUUCAAAGAGUCAGCUUCGAAGCUCCUGUGGUGAACUAUAUGUAUAUUCCUUAUUCUUCCCUGGAUGAAAGCUUAGUUGUGAAGAUGCAAAUUCGCAUUCGCAAAUCAAGAGGAGAUGGUGAGGAAGAAGAGGCCUAG